CACCGUGCGCAGAUAAUUUUCCCAAGUGUCUCCGAGUAACAGGGGUAUGUGUAUUUUGGAAGGUUAUUGAAGAAAUUGAAGAAAUGAUGCAGGAAUCUCCAGACCCAGAAGACGAUGAAACGCCCACCCAGUCAGAUCGGCUGUCAAUGCUGUCCCAGGAAAUCCAGACUCUUCAGAGGUCCAGCACAAGCAGUUAUGAAGAGAGAGUAAAAAGGCUCUCAGUAUCUGAAUUAAACGAACUACUGGAAGAAAUCGAGACCGCCAUCAAGGAAUUCUCUGAAGAGCUCGUGCAGCAGUUGGCCCUGCGAGACGAGCUGGAGUUUGAAAAGGAAGUGAAGAACAGCUUUAUUUCUGUUCUCAUUGAAGUGCAAAACAAACAGAAAGAGCACAAAGAAACAGCCAAGAAGAAAAAGAAACUCAAGAAUGGCAGCUCUCAGAAUGGGAAGAAUGAGAGAAGUCAUAUGCCCGGCACAGUAAGUGGUGUUUUGCUGGGAGCCGCUCCUGUGGUCGUCCCAGGGCUCUGGGCCGGUGGCGGGCAGGCAGGGCCUGUGUGUGUGAGUGUGCAGGCCUCUCGUGGGAGCACAGAUGGGCCUCUGGUCAAGGAGAACACUGUGCUCAGCUCUUGCAGAAAGGUGCUUUCUUGGUGAGCCUAUAAUGGCUAUCCGGGUAAUUCAGUACUG